AUGAAAAUCGGCAAUACGGGUGCGCUCGACGAACACCGUAUGGUGGUACAGCAGAACCCCAUGGUCAUGGUGGUGGGCUUUGGUCAAACUGGAGAAAGAGAAACUGCAUUAGAACAUGAUAUGCCACCGCAUGCUUCUUAUCAAAUAAGCAAUAACAUGUACUUGUGUUUGGUCACAGCAAGAAAAACAACACAAGAGGCAACAACUGUCGCGACUUACUUGGUUGAAGGAGGACUACAGCCCGAGGACUCCGAAGGGCUCGCUGUCGUGUCGGGACAGAAGCUGAUCCUCGUCGACAAAUCCAGCCCAAAACAAAAAAGUAGCUGCGCCCACUUUUACAAAGGAGCAUUAACAAAAAUCAUAGGGAUGCCACACCACUUAGAUAUACUAAAUGUAUAUCACCUUUAUGAUAUGAUCAAGACUCUUCCCCAGAGUCUGUUUUCCGGUCUAGGUCGUUUCGAACCGUCCUUCGUCAUGGGUUCGGGGGCUUUGGUCAUGGGAGCGACUGGUUUGGAGAAUCCAGCUUAUGGUGCGUUCGGAACUGCUCGUCAAUCUCGUCCAGACUACACACAGUUGCAUUGUCUGAUCGCCUUCCUUCCUUCCGUAGGAGUACAGUCAGAAGCUCGGGGACGACAAGCGUCUCCAGGAGCACCUGAAGCUUCCCAUUCAGCGGCUCAACGACUACCAGCUCCUGAUCAGGGAGCUGGUCAAGUACAGCACUCGCCUGGGCGACGACCCACCGACCUCCAGCGCGCGUUUGAGUUGAUGAACGAUCCCCAGAGGGCCACCGACGCCAAGUUCAUCAGUUCCAUUGAAGGCUUCAAGGGAAAUCUCUUCAAACUCGGCAGGCUUCUAAGACACGACUGGUUCAGCGUGAAGGAAGCCGGCCAAAAGGCUCGAGAUCGCUACCUGUUCCUGUUCAAGGCGCGUAUCCUCAUCACAAAGGUCAAGCGGAUAUCCGAGGACCGCUCCAUCUUCAUCCUCAAAGACAUCAUCCGACUUCCAGAAACAUCCCUUGGAAGUUUGGACAACCCGAGGGCAAUCGAGUUCUUCCACAUCGAAUCCCUGACUCAUCCCAACUACCCGAUCUUCAUCGAGGCCCGAACACCAGAAAUCCGUGAAGCCUGGCUGUCCGGCAUCGGAGAGUACGUCGUUGACACAGCAUCGGUCGAAGACCUCCUGUUUGACGACGAACUCCGCGUUGUCUCUCAGGACGUAGAUGAGGACGACGCUGGUGUUGUCUCACCCGUCCCCGAAGUUCAGGAAUUCGAAGACCUUCCUGAAGACGGCGAAGCCGCUGAAGCUCUUCAAGGGCAGGAAGACUUUUGGGCGAGAGAACCAUCUCCUCCCGCUAAAAGGCAAAAACCAGAGGCUGUACCCGAGGAAACCGCUGAGGUAGACUUUUGGGCACAGAAAGAAUCCACCCCUCCCAGGAGGCAGCCAGUCCCUGGGCUCGCUCCCGCCGCGGAGGCUGCUCCAGAGCAGGUAGAGGAAUCCACUCCUGUAGCAGAGCAGGAAAAGGCAUCAGCUGAACAGGCUUCAUUCAUUCCUCAGGAACCUUCCCCAUCCGCACAGCAGGAUACUAUAGAGGACAUUUGGGCCAAGAGAGAAACAUCUCCACCAUUUAAGAAGACAAAAACUACAGAUACAGUUCAGGAAGAACAUACAUUUGAACAAAUACAAGAAAGCUUAGCGAUCUCUGCUGGGGCAAUAGUUGCAGAGACAAAAGUGCGCGACGAAUCAGAGUCCCCGAUCGAUAUUUGGGGAAGCAGGGAACCGUCCCCAGCUGGCAGGAAAGACAAAGUCGAGGUAGAAGAAGAAGAAGACCUAGAAGACGAAUUUCAUGAUACAGAAGAAGACGAAGCGGCGCUUAUUGAAAGAUGGUUUGACAAUGAAACAGAUGUACAAAAAGAGAUAAAAACAGAGGCAUCAAGAGAACAAACAAUAGUUGUCCAACAAGAAGAUAUAAUCGAUAUUUGGGGGAGCUCAUCCCCUCCAUUGCGACCGAGAGCUCAAGUUCCUUUCAUAGAUGAAGGAGAAGAAAAACAGCAAGAGGAAUCUCCAGACGAAGAGCUGAUAGAGAGAUGGUUUGAUACUGAAGAACAAGCUUCUGGUGAUAAAAUACUUUCAGAAGCCGUUGACAAGGAGGCAGAAAGAGCCCAUCUCUCAGCUGAAGAAACUGAAUCACCACCCCCAAAGAAACCUAAAAUUGACGAAACUCAACUCCAUAUUAGUGGCCCAUCAUCAUCCGAAUCACCUGUUCAAGAAAAACCUGUUGCUACUUCAGAGUACGAUGAAGCUACUCUUGAAGACUUCUGGGCAAAAUGUGAUAGUCCUCCACCACGACCUAAACUUCAAGUAAUAGAU